AUGAACCUAAUUAUGUUUGAAACUACUCCCUGUGGACCGUCACCUGACCUGUUACAGACAGAAGAUUCUGAGUAUAGAAAUUUGUUACCAAAAAGCGAUGCUGUGUACGUCUCUCAAACGCUACAGGGUGUUAGUCGAGUUCAGUGUGGACUUCGCUGUUUAUUACACAACAAAAACUGUGCAGGAAUGCUGUACAAUAAUGCAACAGAACACUGUAAAACUGUGAAGUCUAGCCUUAAUGAACAAACAGUUGACAGAAGUCGAAUAGAAAUAGGAUGGGAACUUUUUGUGCACAGCAAUGGUUGUGACUCAGGUUGGAUACUGUACGAUGGACAUUGUUACAUUGCGAGCCCAACUGCCAUGAAUUGGAUGACUGCUGAGCUAUAUUGUGAGAGCCGUGGUGCUCACAUGGUUACAAUAGACACUGACGAGGAGAACCAAUGGAUCAUGGAUGUUUUCGUGCCACCAUGGGAUGCUGCUGCCUGUUCGGUUUUGUGGAGAUGUUGCAAUACUUGGAUUGGGACAAGUGAUAUUGAUCAAGAGGGUUUAUUUACUUGGACCCAACAAAGAAGCAUGGCAUAUUGGAACUGGUAUACAGAUGAACCUAAUGAUGCUAAUGGAAAUCAAGACUGCGCAGCUUUGUGCCAGAAUGGAUUUUGGAUGGAUCGCACAUGCACCUUUGCUGCUUCCUUCGUCUGUGAAAAGGAUUAA